CGAGCGGUUCGACAGCACCGGGCACCGGCGAUAAGCGCCGCCACAACCGGCGCGGCGGCGUCCCCGCCGCCAUCACCUCACCUGCUGUGUCCUUCUAACUCGUGGACCCACGAGGUAUCCAACUGGAGAGGUGGGAAAGCGAGUGCAGAGUCGAGAGAGGCGGUGAGGAAUUGGCGUCGCGAGCGGCGGCGCGAUGCCGGUGGCGAGGCCGGAGCCGCAGGAGCCGCGGGUGAUCGCCCACCUCGACCUUGAUUGCUUCUACGUCCAAGUUGAGCAGCGGAGGAACCCGGCACUCAGGGGCCAGCCGACUGCCGUGGUGCAGUACAACGAUUGGAAAGGAGGUGGUCUGAUUGCGGUGAGCUAUGAGGCUCGCAAGUUCGGUGUGAAAAGGUCGAUGCGUGGAGAUGAGGCCAAGCAUGUCUGUCCAGGUAUAAACCUGGUUCAGGUUCCUGUGGCCCGUGAGAAGGCCGAUCUUAAUAUUUACCGGAGUGCCGGCUCCGAGGUUGUAGCGAUCCUUUCAACCAAGGGUAAAUGUGAGCGAGCAUCCAUUGAUGAAGUUUAUCUUGACCUUACUGAUGCAGCCAAGGAAAGGCUCUUAGAAUCUCCUCCUGAGUCGUCGGAAAUUAUUUUUGAGGAGGCCACCAAGUCAAAUAUUCUAGACCUUUCUUCUGACGUCAGUAACAGGGAAGAGAACGUCAGGGCAUGGCUUUGUCGAGCAGAUGCUGAUUACCAAGAUAAGUUGCUGGCAUGUGGAGCUAUAAUUGUUGCACAGUUGAGAAUCAAAGUUUUGGAGGAAACCCAAUUCACAUGCUCUGCUGGCAUUGCUCACAAUAAGAUGUUAGCUAAACUUGUCAGCGGGAUGCACAAACCUGCUCAACAAACAGUUGUUCCAUCUUCAUCAGUUCAAGAUUUUCUGGCUUCACUGCCUGUGAAGAAGAUGAAACAACUUGGGGGGAAGCUUGGGAGCUCCUUGCAGGAUGAUCUGGGGGUCAAGACUGUUGGUGAUCUUCUAACUUUUACAGAGGAAAAAUUACAAGACUACUAUGGUGUAAAUACAGGAACAUGGUUAUGGAAGACUGCAAGAGGCAUUAGCGGAGAAGAAGUUGAGGAUCGUAUUCUACCGAAGAGCCAUGGUUGUGGAAAGACAUUUCCUGGCUCAAAGGCAUUAAAGAACAAUGCUUCUGUUAAGAGCUGGCUGGAUAAACUUUGUGAAGAAUUGAGCGAACGAAUCCAGUCUGAUUUGAACAGCAACAAAAGAGUUGCUCAAACACUGACUCUCCAUGCCAGGGCAUGCAAGGAAAACGAAUGUAAUUUGAUGAAGAAAUUCCCUUCCAAAUCUUGUCCAUUGCGCUACGGGACUGGCAAAAUUCAAGAAGAUGCAAUGAAGCUAUUUGAAUCUGCCCUUCAUGAUUUUUGGGGUUCGCGGAAUACUGGAUGGAGUAUAACAUCUCUUUCUGUUACAGCAAGCAAAAUAUUCGAUGACACAAGUGGGACAAAUUCAAUCUUGAGAUACAUCAGCCCAAGUUCCAGUGCAUCAUCAGCUGUUCCUGGCUCUUCCUCUACACCUGAGUUAACACCAUUUCUUGAUAAAAAGUUACCUAUGACGCCAAUUCACGAGGAACACUGUGAACCAUCAUCUAAAAAUGAAGAUUGUGGAAAUAGUAAUUUGGCCAAACAAUGUUGUGGAAUUGAAGAAAAAGGUGUGCCAAACAAAUCAUCCAAAGUCAAGGGAACUGGCUCUAUUUUGAAAUUUCUUUCACAAAGUCAAUCUGCCCUCCCCGAGAAAAGAAAAAUUGAUGGCUUAACUUGCGGUCAUCAAGGCCAGGAGAGUUCUUCAGGAGCGAACAAGGCUGAACAACAUGGUAGGUCUGCAGAGGCUGUGGAUAGGAGCAAUAUUAACACUGCUGGUGUUCACUCUGCCGGUAACAAAUGGAUGUUCAAUGUUGAAGAUAUCGAUCCAGCCGUGGUAGGUGAACUGCCGCUGGAAAUCCAGAGAGAAAUACAAGGUUGGACUCGUCCAUCGAAGCAAGCAAGUACAAAGCCACGGGGUCAUACCAUUUCUUCUUACUUUCCACCAGCAAGGUCAUGACUCCUCUAGACCUUGAUAAUUGGAUGCCAGUUCUAACAUGUCAGAUUCUUCUUACUAUGGUUACUGGCUUGCCGCCGCCUGUAAACUGUAAGAAGUCAGCUAAUCAACUCUACACAUGGGCAGGCCCGAUGCGUUCAUGGUUGUAAAUAAUUGAUGGUCCGAGGUGGGCGCCGUGAAUGAACAUUCCUUUUUCACA